CCAGUCUUCUGCCGAGAGUCAUCAUCCGUGGCACGAACCCGACGCCGAGCAACGGUACUCGCGAGUGUUUGUUUUCUUCCUCUUGUUGGUACUCUGCGAUCGUUUUGGAACGAUUUCGAUCAGUGUAUAGGGUCGAUAGAUAACUUGGUGGACAGUCUGUUGUGAUCUGGUUUAUCUGUAAUAUUCAAGUGAUGUGUACGUGCUUAGGACACCGUGUAUAGUGCGAAAGUGAUAUCGGUUUGCUUUAAUGCAGCUUCAACUAAAAUAUAAAAUAUAAGCCGACCGCACGCAUCAUCAGCUGCGCAGCGCACCGUACAAUCCCACCACGCAGCUCCAACUCGACCCCGCUGCGCACCGGACCAACUCAACGCUACCGCGCAGCAUGCUCUGGUAGUUCUGCGUCAUGCCGGCGGCAGCGGACGUCAGCCGGUCCGACUCGAACCGCUCGGACGCCUCGCUGAAGCCAAGGGUGUCGUUCAACAGGGACGUCCACGUCAAGAGGAUCGUUCCGCACGAAAGUGAACGGGUCACAGGGGCAGUCAAUGGCGUAGACGGGGGCACUCCAGUGGCGUCACCAGUCAGGAGAGAGCGGCUGACAAGGUCCAAACAAGAAUUAGCUGAAGAGGCUGCGAAGGUAUUGAGACAGGCGGACAAAGUUCAGUGCGUAGUAGGCCGAGGUACAACCCCAGACCGAUUCUUCAGUCUACCCCACCGAAAAAAAUCCAAACUAACACCCAAGCCGGACUACCCUUCAAGCUCCCUUGACCGACGCAGCGUCAAGCGACGAGGCUCCCUCGAACUGCAACCUCCCAAAAAACCUCCACGAACCUUCGCAUCCUCCCAAAAUACCUCCUCGAAGCCUUCCAUCUUCGAUCUGUUCAAGAAAUCAACCGAACCGAAGAAGAAAUCGAAUUUGAGGAGGAGCGUGAGUGACGCUUCCGCUUUGAGGAACAAGUCAGUGAAGGGACAGGAAGAUAGUGUGAGGAGUACUGCGAAGAAAGCUUCUAGUGAUAACGAGGAAAGUGGUAGGAAGAGUGUGACGAAGAAGCAGCUCUCUCCGAUUAUCGAGGUUUCACAGAGGGAGGAUUAUUUUCUGCCUGUCGAAGAGGGAGUGGACAAGGAGAAUACUAACACAGCUAAUAUCCAGAAAAAACCUUCCGAAAGCAUAACCGAUCAACUGAAAGACUACAUCGACGAAAUCGACGAGCAACUGUACAAGGAGACCGGCAUUCGAAUAUCCAGCCCUUCUCCCCAAAAAGAUCCACCCAUAUCCAAGAAAAAUCCCCCUGCUCCCAAGAAAAAUCCCCCCGUACCGGUCAUUAUCGAUUUGGACAAGGCUGAAAAGAUAUCCGACGGUAAAAAAUCCAAACUCAAUUUCGGCCUGACAAAAAAACUCAAAUCUUUCGCCAACAAAAAGCCCAAAUCAGAUGACCAACUUGGGAAGAAUAGAGAUGGAUUUGGGACUGGUAAAAGUCUGCCAAGAAGAGUCGAAAAUGAGUCGUCGAGGGUAGAAAAUAGGGCGGAAGAAAAAAGGAAUAGGAGGUCUGCAAGUGUCGAAGUUGAAGAAUUAGAAGAACCGAAAGUUGAACCUUCGAAUAUGAUUCAUAGUAGUCAGCAACCUGCUGAGAAACUGCCCUUAACUAAAGGGAGAACGGUAAACACCAUGGUGAAACGACUGAGCAGCGACACGUGCGCAUCACCGCCGCACAUGCGCACUCACGUGCUUAUAUCGCCGAACGUUUCCGUUCAGCACAAUAACAACCAGCCUUUUUCUUACACUAGGGGUCUCAGCCCGGACAAGUGUCUGUCCAACGAGAACCUGGCACCUAACGGUACUAAACCCGUCAUUUAUGCCCAAGUGGUGUGCAACAAUAACGGCAACGGUCUGACCAAUGGAAAGCAAACGGUCCACACCGCCUUUACCAACGGCCGUCGCCAGCCCCAAUCCGACUCAGAUGAAGGCCUCGGGGGUGAGGAAGGUUCCGGCAUCACCCGGAAGUCCGGUACCCACUUCGGGGACGACAGUUUCGACAGCUACACCGAGCAACUGCUCGACGAAAUCGACAAAUACAAAGCCGAAAGCCCCAUCUUGCCCAAAUAUCGUAACCCCGUCUCACUUAAUGGCUUCACUGGACUUGCCGAGCGCGGAAGGGCUGAUGGAAUGGAUUCAAAAAGACGCGAAAGCCUAACGGAACAAGAAAACGAUAUUAUUCCUCACAGGACAGACUUGGCUACGAGAAGAAACCUUCUUGAGUCCAGAAUGAACCGGAGAAUGAGCGAUAAAACUGCAACACCUUCUCCAGAACAUCCCUCCUCGAGACCUGGACCUACAAAUAACGUAUACAUCACAGAAUCCUCCUCAAAGUACUACAGAAGCGGCUCCACCAGUCCGGUAGGCUUCAAGGAAAAAUACAUAUCCACCAGCCACAGAGACAAAUACGGAGAACGACGUACGGAGUCACGAACAAAGAAAUAUUUCGGUGAACCCCAAGACAAUCUUUCAAACGGAUUUGACAGUUUCGACUCUCAACAUAGCACCGGUGAUUAUAGGUCGUAUCGUCCUGAAAAACCUCAUCUAUCCAAAGAUAGGGACGUUUAUAAAUCUACUCCAGAAAUAAGGCAUUUGGAAGCGAGGAAUGUGGGGCACGCUUACCAUGGGUCUCUCCCAAGAGGGGAGAAGAUUCAGAGUAGAAAUGUGGGGAGGAAGUUCAGGUCUGAGAGGCAUCUGGAUCUGGUGGAGGAUGGGAGGGAGGUGAAGAGUUCUGGAACGUCGAGAGAAUCCAGGAAUCGGCAAGAAGUGUAUAAUGAUAGUGAGGAUGAAGGUUUUGCCAGUUCUCUGCUGAUCGCCAGCGAGAAGCAGCACACCGACGACAGCCUAGCGAGAAAGUCUCGUCGGGACUACGAUUCCGACCGGAACUACCCGAAAGAAGACGAGUCGUACCGAUUGGGGGACAGCAGGGAUACUCCCAGGUACAUCCCGCGGGAGCGCAGCAUAGACGACGGGUCCCAUUUUGAUCCUCGUCUGGAUAAGGAGCUUGAACGGUCUACAACGACGUUGAAGAGGGUGGAGAAGAAACCACCAAAGCCUGAGAAAAAGAGUGGAUUGGAGAAGGUUAAAUCGUUGUUUAUGAGGGAUAACAAGAAAAAGAAGGAGAAGGCUAUGGUGAAGGAAAAGAAGACGAGGGAUCAAGUUGAUAACAAAUUUGAUACGAAUUCCGAUUAUAAGAAUAGAAGACGACUUUCAACCCCUAGUCCUAGUCCAACAAGGCAACCUUCAAGGAAAACCACGUCUGAGAUAAGCCACAACAACAGCUGGUUCAAAUCUUUGGACAGAAUUACCAGACGAAAAUCUAAUAAGGCGGAAAAAGAUACAAACUACACCAGCACAGAAGAAGAGACGAUAGUAGCCCACAACAAAUUCUCCAAUUCGAACAAAAACUUGAGGUUCUUCGGCGAUACCGACCAAGAAUCCAACGGUGAUAGUUUGAGAGGUUUAAGAACACCCAAAGCCAGACCUGGCCUAAGAGCUCAGUCGACCAGGGACCUCCAUAAUAUUUCUGAGGAGGUCCAAAGAAGCACCAGGAGACCAGAAACUUUACAUAAGUCGUUGACGAAUAUUUCAGAAACCGAUAGAGACCUAAAGGGCAGUAGAAGCAAUCUAAAGCCUCCUAUAUCUCCCAGCCCGAGAUAUAGAAGAGAGGAGAGGCCCAGGAGAAGGCGGCAAGAUAUCAGCUCGGUGGAAAGCUCCACAGAGGGUGAUAGCAGCCAGCAGUCGCAGAGAAGCAUCGUAUACCUACAUGCAGCUACAGUGGGAGACAUCCCAGGCCCCGACUACCUACGCCACGGCAGCAGGCGCGCCGCCUCCCGCGAGGACCUCACCUCCAACGGCGGCUCAAGCAGCCUGGUGCAGCCCCAGGUCAAGACGCUGUCGCGCUCCUUCAGCGUGCUGGCGCCCUGGAGGCCGAGGCACCGACGCGAGGGCUUGGAGCUGGACUACGCGGCGCAGGCGCCUACCCCUCCUGCCAGGAGGGGGAAGUACGAGCAGAGAGCGACGCGGAACGGCGGCGGUGGGGGUACGAGGAGUACGGACGGGUCGACGCUGAAGCGGAGGACGCAGCAGGAGCAAGGGAAGAAGUUGGGGAGUAAGGGGAGGAGUAGGAGUAGGGAGAACGUGUCGGGGAGGGAGGAUGUGCCGAGGGGUUCCACGGCAACAUUAUACAAGAAGAAAGACAAACUCCCUAGGGAGAAUUCCCGCUACAACAAUCGGGAGGAACGCCGCAUGCCAUCCUCGAAAAGCCAUUCAGUCGAGUCCAUCUCCAGAAGAGCACGAGAAGAAGGCGGUAGAGACGUUUCCAGGUCCGUAUCCAUGCCGAGGGACACAGCCAAAUCGGCAGGAUGGUUCAGGAAGAGCAAAAAGUCCGGUAGAGAUUAACGUUCUGCUGCCAUCAACUCUUAGAAAGUGUACACUGUUAUCGAUUUAUUUUGUACCGCUUUUAAUAGGUUACAAGUUUCUUUAUUUUUGGAGCUAAAACAUUCUUGACUGUUUACUCGAAAACGCAUAUAAUUUGUUAUUUUUAAUAAAUGUACUAGCACAGAAAAUACCAGAGUUAAAGCCUAUUAACAGUGGGACAAAAUAAAAUGGCAACACCGUACCGUGCCGCCCCCGGCUGUGAUAUGCACGCCCUUAGUGUGCCAUCGUCCGUCUUGUGACACCUUUUUAGUGUUCUAUAGGAAGCCAUGUUAAAAUUUAACUAUAAACACCCCCUAGGUGGUAAAACUCGCUUAUAAGAAAUUCUAUGCAAAUGCAAAAAAAUCAACCAAAUUUAUAUUUUUGAAGACUGAUAAUUACCUCCACAUAGCAUUAUAGCCUUCCGCAGCAUGAUAUUAAUAAGACAGGAAAAUAAAUAAAUUCGUAUCGUACAUUCAACCAUUAUGAUAAAUUUGAAUAAUGCAAGAUAUUAUCUUUAACUUCUGUAGACUAGUGCCUCACAAUUUCAAAUUGUCUCACUCAAAUGUUCAAUAACGUGAAAUCGUUAUCAUAAUAUUACAAAAUAAAAUGGUUAAAGCAAUCCACUAAUUUUAUGCUACAUACAAACAACUUACAUAUGAACACUGUAAGGUACUAAAAAUACUGUAGAAAUGGUAAGACUACAUCCUGUUCUCCUAAAACCUGUUCUCCAUGAUUUAAAAUCUUUAUAAUUUCUCUAUAACUAACAGUUUUUAUGUAGUUGAAUUAGUUUCAAAAUAGUUGAUUCAAAAACAUUUAUUUAAAAGUUUAAUAAAUAAAUGCAUAUCGUAUGUUGCAACAUUAUGGUUCACUUCAAUAAAACAAGAGAAUAAUGUCUAUAGACGUAUGUACUUACCUUUAUGUUAUGCUCUUGUCUGAGUAACUAUUUUAAGUACGUAAAGAUUUAUUCAGAAGCUCGCAAUUAGUGGGAUAAAUUAGUCGUUUCAAACACUUUAUACUUUCUAGUUUACGAUCAUUCACAAUGUCUAAAAUGUUCCUGAAAUGCGCUGAACUCAAACUGAGUUCAAAUGAGUAAAAACUGAAUUCAAGUGAGUAAAAAUUGCAGAUUGCCUGCUUAUACUUUCCAUUUGUCAACAGAAGACACGAAGACUUUUUGAAACUAGUAUGUGCAAUUCAAUUAUUCGCCAAAAUAAUCGCCUAAAUAAUUAUCGCCAUUUCAACUUUUGAUUCGAAAUAUAGGUACUUAAUUUCAAUUUAAACAAACAAAUGUGCAUCGUACAUUGAAAAGUUAUGCUAAAUAAGGCAAUAUUAUCUUUAGUUUACACUCUUGCCUAAACGACUGUCGCUAUCUAAGUAGUUCUUAGUUGUCCAUACAACUUCAGUUUUCUUUGGAUCAGCACUUCAGAUUCAUAUAAAAGUUAUCUUCAAGUUUAUGUUGUCUUUUUACUAAAUUUUAAUUUGACAUUUCAGUUACUGAAACUCAAAUUCAAAUGGAUUCUCUUACGAGUCUCUUAACGUUCUGUCUUAAAUCUCUAGAACUGUUUAGAUUAUAUUCUAGAAUUAACUUUUUAUAAACGAGUUUUACUACUGCAUAAGAACUAACCCCGUGAAACAAACAAAUAAUAAAAUUAACUCUUUUCCUCCGUCCUAUCGUUCGUUAAUGGUGCUAUAUUAGUAUUAAGUAGAAAACCCAGUCGCUUUUAAGUUGUAAAAUUGUAUAUAACAUUUCUCCUUUUAUUGUAAAACUUCUUUUUUUUAUAUUGAAUUUCCUCAAGUAUUGGUUUCGGUUAAUAAAUUAAGAUAUAAAACGCGCAAAGUAUCGCCAUCUUUAAUUGUAAAACCUCCAUUCUUUUAUUAUUAUAAUUGUUUGUUACCAAAACGUGACUAGCGCGAAAAAAAACUCUUUUAACGAAUGUCUAGUUAUUAUGUUUUAGAAUACGCACCCAACUCUAAUGUUUAUCCAAUAAUACUUCUAAAUAAAAUUGUUAAUAACUAAA